CGAGUUCCCAUUGAGCACGAAAAGACGUCCCGCUUUGGUGUGAGUAUGUAUACAUGAACGUCCCCAAGCGCCUUUGUAGAUGUCGCGUGAGGGCCAUGAACUACUUUCUUGUUUGAUCCUGGGAACGAUCGGCUUGGCGGAGGUAAGGUAUGGUAUGGUAUCCAACAUCCACUCCAUCUCUAUCUCUCUUUGUUGUGUUGUAGACUUUCCAGUUUUCCAAGUCAACGUCCAAGUUUCCAUACCCCAUCUCUUAUCGUCGCUUUUCCCCAUCUAGCCGUCAUUUCUGUGCGCCAAAGUCCCAGCACCAUGUGCGACGCCAUAUUCACCUUUGGUCAGCGCGGAAGUCACUUCUUCCAAUGCCCAUCACAUCAAGACCACACGCGUCUCCCACAAAAACUCACAACUCUCCUCUCAUCCUCGCAACUCCAACUAGUCCACCACAUCGCCCUAGGAUUCGAAAACAGCUUCCUCCUCACAUGGCGUGACGCCAGCGGCCAAGACCGCAUCAACUCCGCCGGCCUACCGUCAGAGUUACUCGACUUCCUGUACGCCCGCACCCCGCAGGGCAAACCCGCCCGCUCCAUCCCCACGCUGCGCUGCACCCUCGGACCCAGCAAUACGUCUUUCUUCGCCCAAGACGGCUCGGCCUGUGUAUGGAUGAACCUGCCCCCCCUCCUCAUUCCCGCGCUGCAAUCGCGGAUUCGAGACGGGAAAUGGACGGACCGGCCGCGCGUCGUCGCCCUGGGCGCUGACGCCGACUUCGUGCUCAUCACGGAGAACCACGCUGCUGUCUGGGCGCUGGAUCACUAUCCCACUAUGGCUAAGCUGCUCGAGUACUCGCGCCUGCAGGACCGCGGUAUCCGCGAUGUGCGCGGUGUGGUGCUGCAUGCGUAUCGCUACGGGGCCGCGGUGUGCAUGUCGCGCAACGGGACGCUGGUUUUUGAGAAUUUGCCAUUGCAUGAGCUUGCGGGGAUGCAGGGUAUGAUCGAGCCUGUUUUGCAGGAUACCAAGGCGUUGGAUUGGGGGAUGCGAGACCGCGGGGGGAGGAAGGAGAUGAAGAAGAAGAGGGAAGAGGGCGAGGGCGUGCAGAAACGGCCCAGCGUGUUGCAGGAGCGGGCGCAGAUGAGGCGCGAGUGGAGCGAUCAUACGCAGCAGUUCACUGCGCAGGCCAAGGGCUUGAAACUCAGUCUGAGUCUGAGCGUCAGCACGGGGGGGUUUUCGAGGAUGUUGGGGUGAGAGGAAGGACGGGCUUAUGCUGGAUGAACGUGGAGUGGGUGUGGGUGUGGAUGUCUUGUGCAAUGAGUAUGGCAGACCGAAUCCUUGAGUGGCUACAUUAGAUAACCCAGAUUCACGUUCGUUGUGGUGUAGGUAGAGAGAGAGGUACAUAUUCCCCGCGCCUACCUUAGAUGUGUGGACAACCAAUCCCACUCGAUUCCACACACACAUACACACACCAAAGCAAAGCAAAACAAAACAAUGCAAAGUAAUCUUUUUAUUCCAC